AUGCCUCUCAAAAAACUAUGUCUACCACAUACAUAUACAUCUGUAUAUUAUUGUCUCCCACAUCAAAUGAAAAAAUCUAUUACCAAGGUUACAGGUGGUAGCUUUUCUCAGACACUAGAACAAUUUGAAAACCUCAACCAUAUUGUUAUUAUCGAACAACAACAACAAGAUCUCAAUAAUGAUACUUUUAAUUGGAAAUUACCAAAAAUUGUUACAAAGAUUACAUCUUUCAACUAUUCCGCCUUUGGAUUUAUACAAAACAACAAAUCAAUCAAGAAAUUAAAACUCUUGGAUCGAUCAAUGGAUGAUAUAAGGUUUUUACUAUUUCUAAAGGAUCUCUCCUCCUCUCCUGAAUGUACUCAUGUUCAAACAUUUAUCUAUGGUUGCUCAUUCAAUUGUCAUAUACCAAAUGAUUUAUAUAUUAAUCUCAACUAUACUAUCAAAUAUAGUCGAACAAGUUUAGAUUACAACUUUACACAAUAUCUUAAAUUCACUAGAAAUUAA